UUUGAUUUCUUGGAACAGUUCGAUAACUUGUAUGGAUGUCGUCACUCUCUUCCCGAUGGUUUGAUGAGAGCUACCGAUGUGAUGAUUGCCGGAAAGGUUGCUGUUGUCUGUGGUUACGGUGAUGUUGGCAAGGGCUUCGCUGCUGCCUUGAAACAAGCCGGUGCUCGUGUCAUUGUCACUGAGAUUGAUCCCAUCUGUGCUCUUCAAGCUCUCAUGGAAGGACUUCAAGUUUUGACCCUCGAAGACGUCAUCUCCGAGGCUGAUAUCUUUGUCACCACCACCGGUAACAAGGACAUCAUCAUGGUUGACCACACGAGGAAGAUGAAGAACAAUGCCAUUGUUUGCAACAUUGGUCACUUCGACAACGAAAUCGAUAUGCAUGGUCUGGAGACAUAUCCUGGUGUCAAGCGCAUCAUUAUCAAGCCUCAAACGGAUAGGUGGGUCUUCCCCGAAACCAAAAAUGGCAUCAUUCAUGUUGCCCAAAAUCAAACGUUCGUCAUAGCAGCUCCUCAUCACUGCAUAUUCAUGCAUUAA